CUCCUCCUCUUGUCUAUCUCCCUGUUCGCUCCUCCCUCCAUCUUCUAAACCUAAAAAACAAACAGCCGACUGACUGACUGACUGACUGACAGAUCUUCUUUCUUUCAUUCUACGAUUCAGCAGGGAGGGUUCAAUCAGCCAGCAAGCAAGCAAGCAGGGCUCAACAGCUUCAAGAUUUUCCAGUUUACAAAGAUGAAUGGACGAUGUUUAAAGUUUGACGGAAACCCGAUUCAAGACGCUAUUUCCAGAAUUCGCUUCGCUCCAGCAUCCAACAAUCUCCUCAUCUCAUCUUGGGAUACCAAUCUUAGAUUGUAUGAUGUGGAUGGAUCUAAACUGACUUUUGAAGCUUCCGGAAAUGCUGAGCUUCUGGAUUGUUGUUUCCAAGGGGAGGCGGCUGCAUUUAGUACUGGUUCUGAUUGUUCAAUAACUAGGUAUGAUUUACAUUCAGGAACCAGUAAAAUUUUUGGAAAUCAUGAUGAUUUAGCAACUUGUGUUGAAUAUUCCGACGAAACAGGUCAAGUUAUUACUGGUGGUUGGGAUAAAAAAAUUAAGUGUUGGGAUUCACGUUCAAUGAAGGCUCUAACUUGCGUAAAUACAGUUAGUGUGGCGGUCGAAUCUAUGUCCCUUAGUGGAUAUACUGCGAUGGUUGCUGUUGGAUCAUCGGUUAAUAUGUAUGAUUUACGCAAGUUUAACACUUCAUAUUAUAGCAAACGUAUGGACAUCCAAAUUAAGUGUAUCCGGCCAUAUUUGGAUCAAGGAUUUGCUGCUGGAUCAGUUGAAGGACGUGUAGCGUUGAAGUAUUUUAAUCCAUCCAAUCAAAACAACGAUGGGUUUGCUUUUCGAUGCAUUCCAAAGGCAAUGGAGAAGAGGCAUAAUAUGCCUGCUGUGAAUGAUAUUGUUUUCAGUCCAUCGACUGAUGGUGCCUUUAUCACCGGUGAUAAUGACGGUUAUGUCACCAUAUGGAAUGCUCAAAGUAAAAAAAGAGUUUUUGAGAUGCCAAAGUUUGAAAACAGUAUUGCUUCAUUAGCAUACAACUGUGGUGGACAACUUCUGGCUGUUGCUUCAAGCUAUACAUACCAAGAAGCGAAUGAAUUGGAACUACCUCCAAGGAUAUACAUACAUGAAAUGAAUGACCAACACAUGAGCUCCUUUUCGGCAGGAGGUUCAAAAUGUAAUCCAAGGGCCAGGAUUCAAUCUCAUCAAAACCAGAUAGCAUCUUCUGUACGGCGGUUUCAUAAAAACCCUAAUCCCUCAAUUUCAACUCUCUCUGCAACCUUCACUCUUCGUCACUUUCUCCAUCAAAUUAUCUGCAUCAAUUUCCAUAAUAUGUCUGACGAAGAGCACCAAUUCGAGUCAAAGGCCGAUGCCGGUGCUUCAAAAACCUUCCCGCAACAAGCCGGUACCAUCAGGAAGAACGGUUACAUUGUGAUUAAGAAUCGUGCUUGCAAGGUUGUGGAAGUUUCGACCUCGAAGACUGGCAAGCACGGUCAUGCUAAGUGUCAUUUUGUUGCAAUUGAUAUCUUCAAUGGAAAGAAACUUGAAGAUAUUGUUCCUUCUUCCCACAAUUGUGAUGUUCCCCAUGUUAACCGUACUGACUACCAGCUCAUUGAUAUUUCUGAGGAUGGAUUUGUGAGUUUGUUGACUGAGAGUGGUGGUACCAAGGAUGACCUCAAGCUUCCAACCGAUGACACUCUGCUUACACAGAUUAAGGAUGGUUUUGCUGAAGGGAAGGACCUUGUUGUGACAGUUAUGUCUGCCAUGGGAGAAGAGCAGAUCUGUGCUCUCAAGGAUAUUGGUCCCAAGUAAACAUUUUUCAUAGCUUUCAUAUGGCGGUUUUAUGCGAUUAAGGGCUAGUGCUGCUUCAAAACUGUAUGCUCGGAUUAUGGUGUUGGUUAUUUGAAGAUGUUUAUUUAGGUUUCGAUUUUCUACAAUUUUUGUUUUGUUUCCGGUUUUCAUUAUUGUGUUAAAACUCCUCACAUUUUGGGUUUUGGAAAGAUGGUAUAUGUACCCUUUUUUCAUUUUGUUUC